UCAUAUUGGAUAGAUGAUUUGAUAUACAAAAAAAAACCACCAAUUCGCCCAAAUAAACCACCAAUUAAUAGAAAAUUAAAUUUAAGAACAAUGUCAGAUUCUUAUGUAGAAGAAUUUUUACCAUUUAAAAGUGAUCCUGAUUUAUUAGAGGAAUAUGUUAAUCCAGAUGGUGGUAUUAGAAUGGGUAAAAUAUUUGAAAAUUUGGAUUUAUUGGCAGCAAUUAUUGCUUAUAAACAUUGUGGAAAUGGAAAAGAAGAUGUUUCCGAUAUGACUAUUGUAACAGCUUCAGUUGAUAGAUUAGACUUAAUAAAGCCAUUAUCUAUAUGUGAUAUAAGGCUUAAUGGCCAUAUAUCUUAUGCUGGUUAUAGUUCUAUGGAAGUGCUAAUAAAAAUGGAAGCUUUACAAGACGGAGUUUUCCAAAAGUUGAAAACUAAUCCUGAAACUAAGGUUCAAGGAGAAACAUUAAUGAUAGCAAGAUUUAUUAUGGUUGCAAGAGACCCAUAUACGAACCGUUCUAUACAAAUAAAUCCUCUACAAUUAGAAAAUGACUAUCAAAAGAAAUUAUUCCAAAUUGCUGAAGAACAAAAAGUUAAGAAAAACGCAUCUGCUGCUGCGGCUCUUACUAUAUUACCUCCAACAGAAGAAGAAAAACUUCUUAUUCAUAAUUGUUAUCUGGAAUAUAGCAAAUAUGACAAAAAAGAAAAGCCUGAUCAUAUUAUAAGAAUGGACGAAACUGUUAUGGAAUCAGUUACAUUUAUGCAACCACAGAAUCGAAAUAUUUAUGGUUUUGUAUUUGGUGGAUAUUUAAUGAAACUUGCAUUUGAGCUCGCAGUUGCUAAUGCAUCGGUAUUCAUGAGGAGUCGUCCAAAAUUUACAGCUUUAGAUGAAAUAUCGUUUAGAAAACCCGUACCAAUUGGUUCAAUUCUUUGCAUGUCUUCGCAAAUUGUUUAUGCACCUGGUUCACCACAUAAAAGUUUUCAAGUUUCGGUAACGGCGGAUGUAUUAGAUAUUGAACGAGGAAAACGUGACACAACAAAUGUUUUCCAUUUCACCUUUAUUUGUGAUAAUCCAGCCAUGGAAGUAAGGAGAGUUGUCCCGAAAACUUAUGAUGAAUUAAUGAAAUACGUUGAAGGAAGGAGAAGAAGAGAAGUUGGUUUGAAAUUAAGAGGUUUAUAUAAUGAAGCUUCCAAAGGAAAUUAGAAUCAUAAUAAAGAAUAUUUUUUACAAUUACUAGAAAGAGAUUAUUGAUUUAGA